AUGGCUUCGAAGGAGCAGCAAAAGAUGGCGGAGGCGAUUGACGUAUCAAAUGCAAAAAGGUCUGGGUCUGGAAGAAUGCAACUUGUGAUGCUGCGUUUGGAUGUCUAAAAAAUUUGUGUUGCAUGAGCAGCAAAAGGAUUCUAGUUUUUGCUACGCGGACAGGGCAUUUGUCAUGCGGGAUAGGCAUCAAGAAUCCCUCAAAAAACCUGUGAUGCUAGGGCAUGCAUCACAGACAUCAUGGGUGAUGCAAACCGUGCAUGACAAGUCUCAGAAUCUUCCAGACCCAGACAUUUUUGUAUUUGAUACGACCUUCGAAUCCGCAAAGCGCUGGAGAUUAUGAACCUGGAGGUAGAUAUCAAGUGCAAAAAUGUCUGGGUCUGGAAAAGUGUAAACUUAUCAUGCAGAUUUUCCAUGACCCAUGAGGUCUGGAAUACGGGACUUAGCAUGACAGACUCUGCGAGGUCUCUGUCAUGCCUAUCCUGCAUGAGAAACUCCCUUCCAACUUGGUCAAAGGUGGACAGCUUUUGGCACUUAUGCAACACAGAUUUUUGCAUGCUUCAGAUUUACCAUGACAAGUUGCCACCUUCCAGACCCAGACAUAUUGGCAUUUCAUAGUAGACCAGGCAACCGUGGAGUUUUUUGCUUCCUGUAUCAACCUGGAGUCCACCUUAGACGAGUAUCCUGUGUAAAAACGUCCCCACCCCAGAGUUGUCAUGCAGAUUUGCCAUGACAGGAACAUUUGUGAUGCGCAACCCCAUGACAGGCAUUUUCAAUCGUGUUUGGGAACUUGUAAUGCUGUAAACAGGAUCAGAAGGCCGAUUUGUGAUGCGGCUUUCCUUGCUAACUUGCACUACCUUACGGACUGAAACUUGUCAUGCGUGACUCCUAAAGCUCCUAGGUUUGUGUUGCAAAAUCCCCAUCCUGACUCUGGUGUGGGUACGUUUUUACUCAGAAUAACGAGUGGGUGGACAUCAUUGGGCCCUUCGUAGAGGAAGCGGUCCGGGAUCACGAGCACGGGCCGGCAGACGACGCGGCCAUGCGGACAAGAUGUAUAGAACUUUUCAUUUUUUUUGCUGUGUGAAGAUCAUGCAGAUGCACCAGCGUCGAAGGUGGUUCAACAGCUUCGGCCAUUUUAGCGAGACAAAGGAUCAAGAGGAACAAGUCCCUGGGUUGUACUAGUUCUCGCAUUUCCAUUUAAUUUCAUCGUAACUGAAAACAAAAUAUGAAUGUACUCUUAUCAAAAGCACCUACUUUGAAAUAAACUAACACCAGGUGAGGAUGGGUACCAGGCUUUUUUGCGUUUUGACCCUAUCACCGCGGGUCUGAACCAGCCAAAUCCAAACAUGCAGCAAGGUGGUGGGAGUAGCAAACAACCUGGGCAGACAAAAACCGCAACAAGCAUGGGACCCGUGGUCGUCGACGGUAGUGCGAUAAUUUGCGUUUUUUUUUGAUCAGUUUGUUUAGCGUAGUAUGUGAACAAAACUUAAGUCAACGACCAAAAAUCGGAUCUAUUACGGUAUAAAUUGUAAAGACAAAAAGAAAAAAACCUUAAUAUUUUCGUUCUAUCAGGUCUCGAGAAGUGGCUGAAAGAGCUUCGUCUGGAGCAUUAUCUGACCGCCGCGCAGAACUGGUGCCGUGAGAUGGGUGCGGCAGAUUACUUGGAGAUUUUGGAGGAGGCACAGCAGUUUGCUGCCGACUUGAAGAUGAAGCCGCUCGAGGCGAAGAGGAUAAACGAAUAUUUGAAACAGCACCGCGGCAAGUUGCACUCCGCGGUCGGGUCACACUCCUCGAACGUGUCCAUGGGCCAGAGCGCCGCCGGGGGCGGGGCGAGGGACACCGCGCAAGGUGGUGGGGCCCCGGGAUCCUCUAGUGGGGCAGGGACGACGAUGCAUGCGCAGGGCGGCAGCCAACAAGCUGUUGGUGGGGGCACGGUACAGCAACCCGGAGGUGGUGGUGGACAACAUCAAAUGAACCCCCACAGUGCGAACCCACCCUCGUUUAACCGGCCCGGGAUGCCGCCGGAGAUGGAGCCGGGCGUGGGGCCGGUCGGCAACUCGCCGGACACCACACAGAAUAGUUCCGCAACUUCUGCACAGCAGGCGGGCGUUGCUGUUGUGCAGCAAGGCAGUAAUCUUCCCAGUGGAGGUGGUGUUGCUGGUGCAAACAACAGUACUACUGCAACGGGCAACAACAACAUUAACACAGGUAGUACUCCUAACGCGCAAAUGAACAACAUGAGCGACCGAAAUAGUAGCAAUCCUAACCCCCACCACGACCCGCGCAGCAGCCGGGGACCAAAGGGUGGGAACAGCUACAACCAGCAGCAGCAAAUGUCUACGGCCGACUGGUGGGCGCAGCAGAGCAGCACGGGGAUGAGCAACCAUCAUGCGGGUCCUGGUCAAGGCGAAUAUUCCACGUCUAACAGCACAAGAAACACCAACACGUCUUCUUCCUCUAAAUACAACAACAGUUCUCACAGCGACUACCAAUCGUCGCGCGGCGGGGCCGCGGGCAACUACAAUCCCCCCGGCACGCCGACCAACGCGCCCCUGAUGGGCGGCCCGCCCCACGGUGGGGGACCCUACAACCACCGCAACAACAUAUGCACUGCAAAAAUGUCUGGGUCUGGAAGGACGCAAGGUUUGUCAUGCUUGUCUGGCAUGAGUAAGGAGCUUGUGAUGUUGCGUGUCCAAGAAGAGACCCUCUUGCUUGCUAUGCAAAAACGCACUUUGUCAUGCGGAAAACGCAAAACAAAGCCUCGCAAAUAUUUCUCAUGCUUGGCUGUGCAUUACAGAGCCUUCACUAUUCACAGCCCAGCAUUACAAGUUUCCAGACCCAAGCAUUUUUGCAAUUCAUACAACAAUUCGGCCUACAACCACAGCCCGAAUUUCGCCCCGAUCCACCAUCGAGGCGGCCCGGGCGUGAGUCCGCGCCAGCAACACCUGUCACCAAACAUAAUGACGCCGAAGGGAGGCGGUGGUGGACAAGCGUACAAUAGUACCACGCAGGGUCAUGGAAAAGGACCAGUGUCUGGUCAACCAGGCGCGGUGAAUACAACUCCCCCGAGUUCCGCGAGUAAGAAUUUUAAUCCGAACGCCCGAUCUUCGGCGGGAACAAAUCAGAACCCAGUGCAGCCGGUGCAAUUACCCAUGAAUGCCCACCUGCAAGUGCCCCCCAAUAUCGCGGGCUCCGGUCCGCCGUCGCCCAAUCUGCCACAGGCUGCGCCGCUUUCCCCGUCGCAGUUUGCCGCACUCUCUACGCAAGAUACAAAAGCAUGAUCCUAUUCGCACACGUCGCACUAUCAUGCUGCUUUUGCAUGACACAGAAGGUCUGUGUGUUUGUUGUCUCUCGGUAGUGAUCACUUUGUCCAAACUUAUUCUACCUAGAGUUUGUCGAGUAAGUGGCUACCGUUUUAAGGUUUAGAGAAAGACAGGGACGCCCAGCCCUUAGCUUCCCAACAUGACACAGAAGGUCUGGCAUGGAAGCUCUAGCAUCACAGGUUUCGUGAAAGCAUGAUAUUCAUCUUCGCACACGUCUGACUACGUAUGAGCCGGAUGAACUACAAGCGCGUUUGAUUUAUGGAUACAAGAAGUGGUGGUGGUUUUUUCAUCAAAAGGGAACAAUUUUUGAAAAAUGCUGAAUCUUCUUCUUCGUGUAGUGUGAAGCCAGAUCAUGAUCUCCUGUCGUGAAAAUAACGAGAUAUUGCGAUUGGUACUUCUACGACAAGAAGUGGUGCGAUCAUGUGUACAAGAACUUUUGUGAUGCAUACUUUCCCCGGCCGCGCAGCAGCAGCAUAUGCAGCAGAUGCACCAGCAGCAGCGGGGCUAUCAAAAGGAGAAAUCCCCCCUCCCUGUAUCGAAACGGAAUUUCUGAUGCUGGAUUUGUGUACGCAAAUCAGGUUUGUAUUGCAGAGAGGCACUGCGGCCAAAUCCCCAGGCUAGGUAGGGGCGUAUGGGUCUAGUUGUUCAGCAUGGCAAGUGGGUCACUUUUAGGGCCAACGGCAUGACAAAUCGCUUCCAUAGUGGGGCGGAAGCUUCUGCCCUUGUCUUCUUGCAAUACAAAUGUGGUUUGCGACCUCAAAUCAGCAACACAAAUUUUCGGAAACAUACCUUUUCGAUAUGGGAAGGGGGGAUUUCUCCUUUUGAUAGGGGCAGUCCGAAUCCAAGUUCGUCCUCCAGCCAGCAGAUGAGCAACGCAGGACACCAGCAGCUAUCCUGUGCAAAAGUAUCGUACUCGUAGUAAUUGCAAUCGUGCAUUACAAAUUUCUCUGUCAAGGUAAAUCCGCAUUACAAAUUUUAUUUCUCAUGCAGAGAAAAUUUGUAAUGCAUUUAUACGAGUACGAUGCUUUUGCAUUGCAUAGCAGCAGCAGCAGAACAAUAAUAACCUCCAGCCGCCGCCGGGUGGCACCAACAUGAACCCCAACUUGAACUCGCCCCCGCAACAACACAACAGCGGAGGUGGUGGGCCAGGUAGCAACAGCGCCAUGAAUGCGACACUAAACAGCGCGGCAGCGGGACAGCCGCAGCAUGCCGUUCCGAAAAUUCUCGCCGACGUGACCGUGCAGCGCACCGUGACGCCCCAGAACGACGGGCCCCGGCUGUGCUUCGGGGACGCCCGCGACCCCUACGUGCAGGCGGAAGAGUUGGGGGCGGGCGCGAUGUAUCAAAUGUAAAAAUGUCUGGGUCUGGAAGAUUGCAACUUGUCAUGCUAAAUCCGAAUCAUGCAAAAAUCUGUGUUGCAUGAGUGCCAAAAGCGGUCCACUUUCGACCAAGUUGGGAGGGAGUUUCUCCUGCAGGAUAGGUAUGAAAGAGACCUCACAGACUCUGUCAUGCUAGGUCCCGCAUUCCAGACCUCAAGGGUCAUGGAAAACCUGCAUAACAAGUUUACACUCUUCCAGACCCAGACACUUUUACAUUUGAUACGAUGGCGACCGUUUACCGAUGCUACCGGAAGAGCAAGCCGGAGGAGUGCUUUGCCGCAAAAGUGAUCUCGUUGAAGAGGUUGAAGCUGAACCACAGCGGUAUCCCGAGGAAAAACGUCCCCACCCCAGACGAGUUGUCAUGCAAACCUGCAGGCCAAAAAAGUUUGUCAUGCGGAGCCCCAUGAGAAGCAUUUUCUAGGUGCGUUGUGGAAUUUGUGAUGCUAGAACCUGCAUGAUAUGCUAGAUCUGUGAUGCUGCUCAACUAGCUAAACAGGAGUACAGUACGAGGACAAACUUGCCAUGCGAAACAAGCAAAGCUGGUUGAUUUGUCUAGCAGAUUUCCCAUCUUGACUCCGUUGUGGGGACGUUUUUCCUCAGGAUAAGCGGCUUCAGCCGCGAAUAUUCGAAAUUGCAGCGGGAGGCGCAGAUCUUGUCGACCUUGCGGAACAAGUACAUAACGAGUUUGGUCGACGUCAUCGAGCAGCGGGACAACCUUUAUUUGGUGAUGGAAAUCGUGCCGCAUGGUACAAGAAAUUUUUGGUUUUUUUUCUGUGUUUCAAUACAUACAGCUGCAGGAAAAUGAAAGUAGAACUGAACAGAAACACAAAAACUACUUCUUCACCAACUCAUACCGUAUGUCAUCAAUCGCUUCAGGAUCUUUAUUGUUUAUUCGCGUGACAAGAACAUUUUCAAAUUAUGAAACACACCUUGUUCACGGUUAAAAAUAUCUCCACAGGCGAACUUUUUGACCGCAUUCUGGACCACGAUAACGAGCCUUACAUCGCCAGAUUUUCGGAGCCCGAAGCGCGGUACGUGUUCGUCCAAAUCGCGGCGGGACUAAAGUACGUGCACAUGAAGCAAAUUGUGCACCGAGAUCUGAAGCCGGAAAAUAUCCUUGUGGUAAGGACUGAUACUAGUUGCAUCGAACUUAUUAAGUACUUCCUAUUGAUUGUCUUUGUCGCUUUGUUUUCCAUCUCACAGUCAAAGUUCGUGCAUGUGGUCAUCAUGGGCAUCAGGAACGUGUGUCCUCCAAUUUUCUGGUUGGGCUGGUUUUCUUGUCGAAUCCUGUUUGAACUUGAAGAUAGAAAAUAUAUAAGAAAGUAGAUCGAAGAUGAAGAAAAAAUUAUGAAGUUUUCUACUUGAUGUUCGAAACACCUUUGUAAAACAGUGCAAGCGGUACCCGCUGAUUAAGGCCGAAGAGCUAUCCCACGAAAAAAGUGUAUACAGUUACACAUUCGCAGUCAAUUCAGCAACACAAAUUUUCUCUGCAUGAGAGGGAAAACUUGCAAUGCCGAAAUACUACGGGAAAUCACCUAUGAAACGAGGCUCCUAUGCGUAUUCGGCAUGACAGAGCUUGUCUGUAUUGCUUGGCCUGCAACGCAAUGUGUAACUGUAGCACUUUUUUCUUGCGAUAAGAGCUGGCGGGGGACCCGCGGUGGAACCAGCACGUGGAAUGCGACCACAACAAAACCUAUGCAUUGCAAAUAUGUCUGGGUCUGGAAGGAUGCAGCUUGUGAUGCUACCUUUGGACUCUGCAUGAAAUCUGUCUUGCAUGAGCAGCAAAAGCGGCGCCAUUUGUGCUACGCGGAGAGGGCAUUUCUCAUGCGGUCUGAGCAUUAGAAAGCCCUCGCAGAAUCUCUGAUGCUAGGGCAUGCAUCACUGACCUCAUGGGUCAUGCAAAAUCUGCAUGGCAAACUCCUGCAUUCUUCCAGACCCAGACAUAUUUGCAUUUCAUAAAACCCGACAAAUGGUCGCGUAUGAGAUCAAGCUGUCAGAUUUUGGGUUGGCAAAACUGGUCGCGGACGGGUACAGCAUUGCCACCACGCGAACGGGGACGCCACAGUAUUGGGCCCCGGAAGUGGCCACCAGCCUGGGCGCGACGCGGACCACCCCCUCCGAGCAGGCGGGGAUGGUGCAGGUAUACUUUAUUAUCAUAUAGCAGCUUUUGCUGUUUCACUGUCGUCCGAUUGCUCGUUCUUGUUGUUCCCAAGAACGUAGCCGUCUUCAGCAAAAAAGGCUAUGUACGUCGACCACACCGAAACCGAUCCGGGGAUGAAGUUGAAGACGGGAAAAGAAAGCAUCCAUUUUUACCAAGUGUAUAAAUUCGUUGUGACUACUUCAUGAGUAUUAUACGAAAAAACCUCUACAGGGCUACGGCUUUAGCGCAGACUUGUGGUCCCUGGGGGUAGUGCUGUACGUGCUGCUAUGUGGAAGAUAUCCCUUCACCGGCGACGCCAGGACGAUGGAACAGAAUCAAAUACGAGGGUAUAGCGAUAGAUUUUAUUAAAUUUGUAAUGCGGAUUUACCUAUAACAAAAAGAUUUGUAAUGCAUGACUGCAAUACGAGUACGUAGAAAUGAAAACCAUCACGACCCCGCUGCAGGUACUUCGAAUUUCCCAAGAAGUGCGCUCUUUCCAACGAGGCCAAAUACCUCAUCACGGGUUUGAUUCGCCGGCUCCCGAACGCGCGCAUCUCCCUGCUCAAUUGUCUGCGCUGCAAGUGGGCCACCAAAUCCAUGAUCCACAUGAAGUGCGCCUUCUACCGCCCGCGCGUGCCCCAAUCCCACUGGAAGUCGCGAAACAUUCUGCUUCCCCUGCUCUACGAGCGCACGACAGCCUACAUAAUGUCCGCGGUGUUCCGCGCCUUUCCCAUCGGCAUGGACCCCAGUGUGGUUUUCCUGCGUUCCGACGCUUUCCCCCCGCCCCCCGCGACCGAACUCAGUGAAAACGACAUCAUGCGGAACGUCGGCGCGCUGGACAAAUUCAAGAACGCGAUGAUCCGCUUCGUAAACGACAACUUUCUGGAAGACAGCUUUGAGUACGAAAUCGACAGUUACGGCGACCGGUAUUUCUAUUUCAAUUUCAAGUACAUGCCCGAAGUGACGGGUGGCGACGACCAGGUGAUGGUACUUAUCAAUUGCAAAUAUGUCUGGGUCCUCUGGAAGAGUGUGAAGUUGUUAUGCAGGUUUUCCAUGACCACCCUUGAGGUCUGGAAUGCGGGACCUAGCAUGACAGACAUUCUGUGAGAUCCCUAUCAUGCCUGUCCUGCAUGAGAAACUCCUUCCCAACUUGGUCGAAAGUGGACAGCUUUUGGCACGCAUGCAACACAGAUUUUAGCAUGAUUCGGAUUUAGCAUGACAAGUUGCAUCAAUCUUCCAGACAUCCAGGGAUUUUUGCAUUUGAUAGUGCGGGGGAACGUGCAACUCCCCAACAACGGGCAGCCCGUGCAGCCCACCGUGGUGACGCCGCAUAUGCAAUGCAAAAGCAUCGUACUUCUAGUAUAGAUUGCAUUACAAAUUAGCGCAGCAUUACAAAUGAAAUUUGUAAUGCUGAUUUACCUUGACCUUGAGAAAGAGAUCUGUAAUGCAUAAACGCAAUGACUACGAGUACGAUACUUUUGCAGUGGAUACCGCACAGCCACUCGCCAAACAUGAUGCUUGCGGACCAGCAGCAGAACGGAACCGGGGAGUUCGUGGACAGCGUACCCUACGAGAGGCCCGAAGACCCGGUGGCGCACGAGGUGAUCUACACCGUGAUGAGACAAAUUUUCCCCGCGAAAAUUCUGGAACUAGUCACCCUGCGAGUGCGGGACAGCGUGGUAUUAAAUUGUCUGUGGUGCUUUUUUUUCAUCACUCGGAUGAAGUAAUUUAUCACAAAUUGAAUUUGUUGUAAUGCGGAUUUGCCUUAACCAAAAGAUUUGUAAUGCAAAAUACUAUCAGAACCCCAACACGGGCGAGCUUCGACCGAGCUGCGGAAUGCAGCUGGAGCAGGCCGGGCAAAUCGGCCUCUUUGUGCGGUUAUCAACUGUAAAAAUGUCUGGGUCUGGAAGAUUCUAAACUUGUAAUGCUGUCUCUGGAUUCUAAAAAAAUGUGUAUUGCAUGACCAGCAAGAGGACGCCAGUUUGUGCUACGCGGCGAGGGCAUUUCUCAUGCGGUAGAGGCAUCGCAACGUCCUCUAAAAAUCUGUGAUGCUCGGGCAUGCAUCACAGACAUCAUGGGUCAUGGAAAAUAUGCAUGACAAGCCUGGCAAUCUUCCAAACCCAGACAUUAUCUUUGCAGUUGAUAGCGGUCCCUGGAGCGUGACAGUCCGAUGCGGGGGAAGCUUAUGGAAGUGUCCGAAUCGAAAUUGACAAAGUCGAAAAAUUUGUGAUGCAUAAAAUCGAUACCAGUUUGUGGCCUCAGUUUCCGAGUGGCGCAUGACAAACUUCGGGAGCACCCAAAUCCAGUCUGUCGUGCUGUUUGGACAAAGAAGACUGCUCCCGUCAUGCUACUCUGGCAGCGCAUUGCAUACCCCUAAACAGGCUUACAAUCGGCCUCAUUUGCAUGCUCCCCAAUACAGGCCUUCAGUGCCCUACAUUUUGUGCAUCACAAGUUUUUCGAUUUUGUCGAUUUCGAUCCUGACACAUUCAUAAAGCUCUUCGUCGGUGACUUGUUACUCGAAGUGCAAGGCAAGCCGCUCACUACCAUGAACAUUUUCGAAAUCUACUGCUUGACCGGAAGCUGCAUCCUGGUGCAGAGGGGGGCGUGA